AAAAGGCGCGCGCUGCUGCGUCGUCCGUCAGUUGCGCCAACGCCGGCACACCCGUCGGUUAGGAAUCUAGUCAAUUUUUUUAAAAUAUAUUUUUAAUUACAAAAGGCCACCAUGAAAGUGUUCAUCGUUAUGACGGCGGUCGCCGCUCUAGCCAACGCCCAAUUCAAAUGCCCGGCGAAGGAUGGCCAGUACGAAGAUGAUCGGCAAUGCGACAAAUUCUACGAGUGCGUCGACGGCGUGGCGACCACCAAGCUGUGCCCUGACGGCCUCGUGUUCGACCCCACCAUUAGGAAGAUCAACAAGUGCGACCAGCCCUUCAACGUAGACUGCGGCGACAGGACCGAGCUCCAGCCCCCCAAGCCGAACAGCCAGUGUCCGCGUCGCAACGGCUUCUUCGCGCACCCCGACGCGUCUGUAUGCAACGUGUUCUACAACUGCAUCGAGGGCGAGGCCACCGAGGUCAAGUGCACCGCGGGCCUGCACUUCGACGAGUACUCCGGGACGUGCGUGUGGCCCGAUGCGGCCGGCAGGCAGGGCUGCAACGCGCAGGAUAAGAAACUUAAGGACGGUUUCGAGUGCCCCAAGGAGACGCCCGUGGAUCCCCAGGGUCAGCCCGUGGCCCACCCCAAGUUCGCCCACCCAAGCGACUGCCAGCGGUUCUACGUGUGCCUGAACGGUGUCGAGCCCAGAGACCUGGGCUGCCAGGUUGGAGAGGUCUACAACGAGGAGACGCAGAAGUGCGACGCUCCUGAGAACGUGCGCGGAUGUGAGGACUGGUACAAGGACUCCGAGGAGGCGGCGCCUGGUCCUAAGGCGAGGAACUAAACACUCAUAGUGAUAUGCAUAAUAUAGUUUCAAUUUAAGACUUAAUAAAUGUUAAGUAAAAUAAAAA